GCGUGUAUUCUGUUGAAAGUGAAGACUGUAAAAUAGAGAUUGUUUUUUUCGUUCCAGUAAACGAAGAUGAGAGAGAUCCUAAUGUUCAGUUAGUAUUCGUAAAAGGCAAAUAUUAUAGCAUCUGUGGAAAAGUUGUACCUGGAACUUAUAAUUGUAGAUUAAGAUUAAAAAUGACGGCUGUAUCGUCAACUCAUCUUACAAUCAGGAGAGAUCUUGGUUCAAACAGAUGUCCGUUAAAAGCUUCAUUAGUAGGUGUUGUUCAAGAUAUUCCGGAAAAGGUUAACGAUGAGAGUGCAAUGUUGAAAUUGUUAGUGAAUGAUUAUGCUGUUCGUCCAAGUGAAUCAGUACUUUUUGUUGUCGGACAUAUGGAAGUUAUACAGGAAGAUCUGUACGUGUAUGCUGCUAAUACUUCUUAUGUUGAGAAUGUUAAUGAAAAGUCAUCUAAAGCAUCUUCAACUGAAGCAGAUAAAUAUUCAGUGGAUUUAACUAUUGAUGAUUCUCGUUCUUUAAAAUGUGUAAGAUCUGAUAUUGUUGAAGGUGAGGACAGUUGUAUAGAGGAUGAAGAGGAUCUUGUUAGAAAUGUUGGUCUUGAUUAUAAUUAUUGUGAUCAAAUAGUCGAACAUAAUAAGGAACAUGCAGGUAAUAGUGAUGAGCGUGAAGUCGAUGUUGUGAAUGAAGAUAAAGUAAUUAUGCGUAAUUAUAGAAAGGGAAAUAAGGGCAAAGAGAGGGUAACACAACCUAUAAUGCAUAAUACGAGAAGUCAAGCUAGGAUAUCUAAGGAUGUGAAUAAGAAAGAUUAA